UCUCUCUCUCUCUCUCUCUCUCUCUCUCUCUCCCUGCCCGACCCACCGAGUGUGGGCAAUUCAGGCGCCAUGGCGGGAAUGGCGGGCGUGCGCUUGCGGGGCCUGCAGGCGACUCACUUGAACGGCAUGCACGGGGUCUGCAAGGGCUACGAUGAGGACAAGGGCAGAUGGGAGGUGAUCUUGGAGAACGGCGAGUCCAAGGCGAUCAAGAACGACAACCUGCUCCAGGUGUUGGAGCCCGGCACUGACAUCCAACUGCAGGGCGGACAGGUGCUGCAUGUGACCAUCGGCAGAGUGAGUGUGCUGAAUUCCAUGGAGCAGGAGGAUAAGGACGCUCUCUUCCAGGACAUAGACCAGUUCUGCAUGACUCACGAGGUCCGGACGGAGCUGAACUGCCCGGACGGCUGGCCCCAGUUCAGCGUGGUGCUCACCGGGGACCCAGCCGGCGUGGCCGCGGCGCGCCAGGCGCUGCCGGCGAUGCUGAAGGCGCAUAGUCUGGACAUUCCAGGCCCCAAGGUCAAGGCGCCCGACAAGAAGGAGGCGAAGGAGGCGAGCGAGGGACAGUCGCCGGAGGCUGAAGACGAGAAGGUGGAGACCGUGGAGGUCGAGGGCCUCGUGAUGAAGUCCAUGGAGAGGAGAGAAAGGCCCAGCCGAAAACGCUGAUGGGGCCCCGCCGCUUUCAAGCGCCGACCUG